CAGCCAAAGGCAGGGAGCAGCCCCUGGCCGGCGGCCAGCCGUCUCUCUCCCAGCUACCUCCCCCGGGCCGGCCGCUCCGCACAGCAGGAUCCUCCUGCCUCCGGUCCUACAAGUUAUAGCGCAGGGACACCCGCGGCAGAGCCGCCAGCCAGACCGGGGCAGCAUGUCCGGCACCAAAUACGUAGACUCGGAGGGCUUUCUGUACACGGCGCCCAUCAGGGAGCAGGGCAACAUCUACAAGCCCAACAACAAGAUGAUGGCAGAUGAGCUGAGCGAAAAGGCGGUGCACGACGUGCACACCAAAGAGAUCGACCUGGUCAACCGAGAUCCCAAGCACCUCAACGAUGACAUGGUCAAGAUUGAUUUUGAAGAUGUGGUUGCUGAGCCAGAGGGAACACACAGCUUUGAUGGGAUUUGGAAGGCCAGUUUUACCACCUUCACUGUAAUGAAGUACUGGUUUUAUCGUUUACUGACAGCUAUCUUUGGCAUUCCUAUGGCUGUCAUCUGGGGCAUCUACUUUGCCAUUUUGUCAUUCCUGCACAUCUGGGUGGUGGUGCCAUGCAUAAGGAGCUACCUGAUUGAGAUCCAGUGCAUUAGCCGUGUCUAUUCCAUCGGCGUCCACACGUUCUGCGACCCACUGUUUGAGGCCAUAGGCAAAAUGUUCAGCCACAUCCGAGCCACAGUACGGAAGGAGAUUUGAGGGACGUUCCAAGGAGAGCCAUCAGCCUAGGCAGGGGGUGGGGGUUUUGUGUUGUUUGGAGUGUUUUGGUGCCAGUUUCAUGUUUCUCAAAGCAACACAGAGCAACUGGUGGUGAAUAUACUGGCCCAAAACAAAGAAUCACUUGCUCAGUUUCUUAUUCUAAUGUUUAUUCUUACUGGACUACAUGCUUUUUUUUUUUUUUCUCCUUCAGUCUGCAUUUCUAACUAACUUUAAAUGGCUAUUCUUCCAUGCCAGCUGCAUAUAAUUUUGCUGUCCGUUCAAUUCAGAGACUGAAGUGUUGUUGGAUGCCUUUUUAUCUCACCCUAAAUUUCUUGUGAGGUAAAUCCACAGUGAUACUGAAGAACGACAAAAAUGCUUUCCAACACUGUAAAGCCAUUCAUUUUAUUGUGGCCAAAGAGCACAGAGCUAUUGCAGCAGAAUGAACGUGACCAGCUGGCAGGUUUUAGCAGAAUGUUCUUUUUCAAUUGGAUUGUCAGUUGACUGCAGCUAUUUACAGUCAUGGUCAGAUAUGGUGCACUAUGAAUAAAUCAGUGAAGUAAACAAAUUACUGAACUGCUAUAUGUCCCAAAAACCUAAGACAGUAUCAGGUUGGAGACGCUGACACAUGAAAACUUUUCGUGUGCAUAAAAAGCCUUGGUCGGUGCCUGUCUCAUUCUUUAUGCCUUGGAAGUUUGCAUUCAGUUGUUUCUCAACUUCUGUUAGGUUUGCAGAAGCAAACUGCAGUUGAGAACUGAAACUGGUUAUUAUGGAAAUGUUUUUUCUGACUGUGACUUAACAACACAUCCCUUGGUGAGCAUUUAGGUGCUUAUCUCAUAGAUUGGGGCUUUUUGUGUUGUUCUUUUUUUUUUUUUUUUUAAAAGUACCCAGAUAAAUACAUAUCACAGGUAUGCCAGAGAUAACCCUGAGUUACAAGAAAAGUAAAGGUGUGCCAAACACAACCCACAUGAGGCCGAGGAGGAGCUGCCCCUGAGAGAGACAUUUCUAUCAGCUUUCAAAGCUUCCCUGUCAGCACCAGUCAGGUUGCCGCUAGCGCGCGGAUUGUUUUCAGGACAAACGCUGAGUAUCUUCCGGAUGCUUUGCUGAGUCUAAACUAAUCCAUCACAAGAGAUGAUUUGGAAACUUCACGUUCAUGGGGGGUUUUGUUUUCAGCUGAGCUGCAACAUCAGGAAGUCUUAAACUGAGGGUGUUGUGUGAAACAACCGUGUUGCAAAGAACAGGGCCUGGAAAGCAAAGCCUUGGCAACACGUUCUGAUGCUGUGACCUGCAGGAGCUUUUUGCCCUUGUGAUAGUACUGUGUUCAGAGAUGCUCUCUGCAUCCCCACACGGUUUGCGUGAAGCAUUUGUAAAAAUAGUUGUGAGGCUCAUCAGGUAAACUAGCCUGGGGCCUGAGCCUACUCCGGGUGGGAUCUCCAGCAAACCAGUUCUUGACCUUGGAGAGUGCAAGAUUUGUCCCUUGGGAUGAGCAUGGAGCUGUCUGGUACACCUACAGCUUUUUUUUAUUUAGCGCUGAUAUUUCACGUAUUGCUUUACCUAACACGGGAGUGCCUUCAGUUCAAUUUCUGCCAAAGCAUUGAAAACUUUAGGAAAUGCUGCAUUUUUUAGGGGGAGGGAAAGGGGGGAAAGAAGGGAGAAGAUGCACAAAAAAUUUACAAAGCUGUUAACUACUAUUUGCAUUUAAAACAGACACUGGUAUGGAUAUAGUUUUAUGUUUUUCUAUGUACAUAAUGGAGAGUGUACUAGUCUAGAUUUUUUUCAGUAUUAAAAACCAAACGAGAUUGUAAACAAAUAUUUUAUCUUUUUAUGAGGAAAAUCACUCUGAAGAAAACCUUGAUUUAUGAUAUAAACUGCAUAUCCUGAAAGAUGUCUGUUCACUUAGAGUUAUUAGUCCCUAAUCCGAAUACAUUGCUGAUCCAAGAUAUUUACAUUGUUGUUAUACGCUUACAGAUAUAACUGACACUUUUUUAAAAUUUUGCAUGUACAUUAAAUACUACAAUAAAAAGAUGUUUAACAGUA